UAUGUCACGCGCUGGUUUGGACCUCAACGAAUACAUAAUCCACUUUGUCAACGGUGCAUUGUGAUCUCUCGUCAGAAAGACUCGUAGUCGAGCAAAUAAGCGUCUCUCUUACGGAAACAUGGCCGAAAACGCCUCAAAAGAACCACGCAACACAGCUAAGAGUCCGUACUGCUGGGAUAUGAUGCGGUUACUCGACAAUGCCCGCAAAGAAGGUGAAUUGACAGAUGUUACUAUGCGAGUGGAAGGACAAACAUUCCCCGCUCACCGAUGUGUUUUGGCAGCCAGUAGCCAAUUCUUUCAUGGUUUAUUUACCAACGAUAUGAAAGAAAAAUCGGCGUCAAUCGUAAAUAUCGAAGGAAUUCCAGUUUCGGUGAUGAAUGAGCUCUUGUCUUACCUUUACACGGGAGAGGUUCAAAUGAGCGAGGCGAAUGUCGAUGAUCUGAUCGCAUCCGCGAACUACUUACUACUUCCCCGUCUAAAAAACAUCGCUUGCAAGUUUAAGGAGCGGCAUAUGUCGGCCACAAAUUGCGUUGCUACCUUUCUAUAUGCUGAGAAAUACGAUUGCAAGGAAUUGAAAACAUACGCUGGCGAAUUAAUCAAGCAGAACUUCGCGACGGUCGGCAAGUCCAAGGAAUUCGUGCAAAUUUCCUGUCAUCAAAUAAAGGAUCUUAUUUCAAGCGACGACUUAGUAACUGGAACCGAAGAAGAAGUCUUUGAAUUCAUUCUAGAAUGGAUCGCGCAAAAUCAAGACGAGAAGGAGCAACAUUUUGCGGAGCUGUUUAGACUCGUUCGACUGAGCAGCAUAUCCGAUCAAUAUUUGUACACAAAGCUUAUGUGCCAUGAACUAGUGCAGGCAAAUGGCGAGUGUAAGGAAAUAUUAAUGGACGAAAUUCGCUGGCGUGCCUUGUUCUCUGGACAACAGAUCUCCCGACAAAAACCAAGAACUUGUCUUCAGACUCAUGAAGAUGCAAUCAUCACAUGCGGUGGCCUGUCGCCAGAUGAACGCAUUCGCAACUUGACUGUGUGUUAUGUUCCGGCUACGAAAACCUGGUACGAGUUGGCACCCAUGCUUAACAGACGGUUUCGCCAUGGUUUGGCUUCCUGUCGGGGAUAUGUUUAUGCCAUCGGUGGUAAAGGAGAAGACUCGGUCUACAGCAGCGUAGAACGAUAUGACCCGCGCACAAACUCAUGGGGCUUUGUAGCACCACUGCCUCGGAGAGUGACAUUAAUGGGUGCAGCUACCUUACAAGGGCUACUGUACGUCACUGGCGGGAUUGCGUUCAGUAGCGAGCACGGUGGUAGGCGUUGUGACACUGCGCAGAGGUACAACCCCUCGACAAACUCUUGGACUGUAGUUUCACCUCUAAAGAGACGCAAGUCCUCUGUUUGUCUCGUGUCAGACACUCACUAUUUGUACUGCAUUGGUGGCUUGGCCGACGAUGGUUUCCUCUCUGAUGUGGAUCGUUAUGAUCCAAAGUUGAACGUAUGGACACAGAUGGCUCCGAUAGGCGAACAGCGCGGGUGCGCUUGUGGAGUGUGCCUAGAAAAAAAGAUUUACCUCUUUGGAGGUACUGUUGACCCAUUUUCUUUAAAUGCCCUCGUAAGUUGCGAGGUUUAUGAUAUUACUCUGAACGAAUGGCAAUCAAUCGCUCCCUUACAAGUUCCCAGAUUUCACGGAAGUGCAGUCCUUUUACGAGAUCAGGUAUACUUAUUUGGCGGAACCGGAAGUCAAAGUGUCGAUCGGCAGAAUUCUCGUAUGGUGGAGUGUUACGAUAUCAAGUCAAAUACCUGGCUCGAUGCUCAUUCUAUGCCAUAUAAUGAGACAUACUUCAGAGGAUGCCCAGUAAGCAUGUUUAAAGAUCUACUACAGUCUGUGAACAAAGUUACAACUCUUCCCCAAAGUAGUUAGGUAUGUUGAGUCCGUAUGACAGUUACCCUUGCGGGUUUUAAUGCGAACUUCUACCAGCCAUAACUUUUAAAAGCCAUCGCAGCCCGCCUACUGACAUAAACUCAGGAAAGGAUGU